AUAUAUGAGCAAUCAUUGAGAGGCCAAGAGGCAAGAGGAAACUCGCCGGCAACUUUCCCACAGGCUUAUCUUCUUCUCCGUCGCAUCCACAGCCGCCGGCGCCAUGGCCGAGACCGGAGCCAGACGGCGGCAUGAGCUCUCCACUCUGCUUCUUCUCUCACUUCUGCUCAUCCUCCCUGUUUCCUCCGCCGGAGAAAACCUGUCGUUCAACUUCAACCACCGCAAGAUCUCCACCAUCGUCGGAAGUUCUUCCUCCGUUUCCAACUCCACCUACGCCGUCAUCUUCGACGCCGGAAGCUCCGGCAGCCGCGUCCACGUCUUCCACUUCGACCAGAAUCUCAAUCUCCUCUUCAUCGGUUCCGACAUUGAAGUUUUCUCACAGAUAAAACCGGGGCUGAGUUCAUACGCCGACGAUCCUCAGAAAGCCGCGGAUUCUCUAAUCCCCUUACUGGAGAAAGCAGAGAGCGCAGUUCCUCAAAAACUGCAAUCCGUAACGCCUGUUCGCCUCGGGGCCACGGCAGGGCUGAGGUUUCUGGAAGGCGAUAGAUCUGAGAAGAUUUUGGAAGCGGUUAGGGUUCUUCUGAAAUCAAAGAGCGGAUUCAAGUACGACGCGGAUUCGGUUUCGAUUCUCGACGGAAAUCAAGAAGGUUCAUAUCAAUGGUUGACAAUAAACUAUUUGCUGGAGAAAUUGGGUACGAAAUAUUCGAACACCGUGGGAGUGAUUGAUCUCGGCGGCGGCUCCGUUCAAAUGGCAUAUGCAAUCUCCGACCAAGAUGCCGCGAAUGCGCCCAUUUCUUCUGACGGAAGCUCCAAAUUUGUUCAAAAUUUGUACCUCAAGGGUGCUAAAUAUAACCUCUACGUUCACAGUUAUUUGCGUUACGGUUUACAAGCUGUCCGAGUAGAGAUUUUGAAGGUGACCAAAGAGCUGGGCAACCCUUGCAUUUUAGCUGGUUAUGAAGGAACGUACACGUACGGUGGAGAGGAAUACAAGGCAUCAGCUCCCCGAUCAGGGUCGAGCUUCGCUCGUUGCCGAAGGGUAAUUUUAGAGGCGCUCAAGAUCAACCAGUAUUGCGGCUAUAGCGAAUGCACAUUCGAUGGCAUAUGGAGCGGCGGUGGAGGAGUCGGCCAGAAGAAUAUCUAUGUUGCUUCCUUUUUCUUUGACAAGGCAGGUCAGGCGGGUUUCAUCGAUGCCAACCAACCAGAUGCAGUAGUAAAGGCCAUAGAUUUCAAAAGAGCAGCCAUGGUUGCUUGUGAAACUAAAUUUGUGGAUGCAAAAUCCAAAUAUCCCAAUGUUUACCCAAGCGACUUGCAAUUCGUGUGCAUGGAUCUCGUUUACGAGUACACACUUCUCGUCGAUGGCUUCGGCAUUGAUUCUCGAAAGAAAAUAACAUUGGUGAAGCAAGUGGCAUAUCAUGGUUCCCUUGCGGAGGCUGCAUGGCCAUUAGGCAAUGCCGUAGCAGUCGUCUCAUCGCCAAAGGGCUCAACUGCAAAUUACUAAGCUAAAACGGGAACUUGUUUCUGUUUUAUGUCUAAGUAGCAAUAAUGGACUUGAUGGAGCAAUAGACUCGUCAGUUUUAACACGACGACUUUGUCUUAAACAAUGAGGAAGAAUCUUGGACUUUUCUUUCAUUAAUUUACCCUUUAUAUUGUUGGUAUUUCGUUUUUAAGUGUUCAUGUGACGAUAGAGAGAUUUGAUCCCUAGGUUAAUAGGAUGAACCAUCAUUUGUGGGUAUCGACAGUAAAUCCGCCUUUAUCA